AUGGACGAGUGGAGAGCCAGAGUGACCAGCCAGCCCGCGGCCUCCGUGCGGGGGGACCCGCUGCGGGUGGCGCAGGGCGCUGCGCGGUGGGCCGGGGUCCGCCAGAGCGCGGACUGGGGUUGGGGCACCCUGGCUUGCGGGGUCCGGUCCCCGCUCCCGAGUCCUCGAGGCCGCCCGCCGGCGGCGGUGGCGGCGGAAGCGACCCGCAACGCUGUUUGUCUUUUUAGGUAUCUAAAGGAAUUUAGGACAGAGCAGUGCGCCCUGUUUGUGCAGCACAAGUGCGCCCAGCACAGGCCAUUUACCUGUUUCCAUUGGCAUUUCCUAAAUCAGCGUCGGCGCAGACCGCUCCGCAGGCGCGACGGCACCUUCAACUACAGCCCGGACGUGUACUGCUCCAAGUACGACGAGGCCAGCGGCGUGUGCCCCGACGGCGACGAGUGCCCGUACCUGCACCGGACGACCGGGGACACGGAGCGCAAGUACCACCUGCGCUACUACAAGACCGGGACGUGCAUCCACGAGACGGACGCCCGUGGCCACUGCGUCAAGAACGGGCUGCACUGCGCCUUUGCGCACGGCCCGCUGGACCUGCGGCCGCCCGUGUGUGACAUCAGGUGUGUGGGGCGUCCGCGCGGGGCGGCCGGCCGGCCAGCUCACCUCUCUGGGAUGCUGGCCUGA